AUGCGACCCUCUUCCCACCUGGCGACCCUGGGUGUGCUCGCCACGUCCACCCUGGGACAGGCGCAACCCAGCUGGCCCUUGGGCAAUGGCUUCCAGCUCAACUGGCAGGGCAACGCGUCACAACUCGCCUUUGAUCGGAACAACCAGACGAUUCUGACCACCGUCCCGGGUCAACCGUUCCUCAGUGCGAGCGCAGGCAAGGACAACAUUGUCGAUGCGAACGGCAACUUCAAAAUCUCCAACGUGGACCGCAACCGCUGUCAGGGUCAGAACGUGACCCGGGUCUCGCACGUCUCUCACGACAAGGGCUUGCACAGCCAAGCCGUCUCGAUGAAGGGAUUCUUGCUUGACUGCGGUAACGGAACCGUGAGCUAUGCGAUCGACUUUUAUGUUCCGAGGCAUCUUCCGGAUCGUAUUGCCUUUGACCUGACCGUGGAUUCGGAGCGAGAGGCUGCAGCACCUAUCGAAAGAAUCUACCUGACCCUCGGAUCCGAUGCAUCGGAAGACUUUUAUGGUCUCGGUGCCCAGGGCUCCUUUGCUUCCAUGAAGAACCAGACCGUCCCUAUCUUCUCUCGCGAACAAGGAGUCGGACGAGGUGACGAGCCCGUCACGUCCAUUGAGAAUGCCCAGAGCUUCUUCAGCGGAGGUAACCAAUUCACGACCUAUACCGCCAUCCCUCAGUAUAUCAGUACUUUUGGUCGCGUGUUCUACCUGGGAGAGGAGGACACGGCCUAUGCUACCUUCGACUUCCGCAAGCCCGCCGCCGUGACUGUUCGCUACGACGCCCGGACGGUCAGCGGUCACUUUAUGCAAGCCAAGAGCAUGCUGGCGGCAAUCACGAUGCUGACGGACUACGUUGGUCGCAUGCCUGCCUUGCCCGAGUGGGUGGAUCACGGUGCCAUUCUGGGUAUUCAGGGUGGCCAGGACAAAGUCAAGAAGAUCGUCAACCAAGGCCUCGAGCAGGACUGCCCGGUGGCUGGAGUGUGGCUUCAAGACUGGUCCGGAACCCACCUUCAAGAAGCCCCCUAUGGCAAGGUCAACAUCUCCCGCCUGUGGUGGAACUGGGAGUCCGACUCCGCGCUGUAUCCCAACUGGACCGAGUUCGUCCAGAGUCUGCGCGAGGAGCACAACGUGCGAACGCUGCACUAUAUCAACCCCUUCCUCGCCAACGUGAGCUUGAAGGGUGAUGGAUAUCGUCGCAACCUGUUCCUUGAAGCGUCUCGAGGCGGCUACAUGGUGCAAAAUGCCACCACCAACUCCACCUCGAUCAUCUCCAGCGGAAAGGGAAUCGAUGCCGGAAUUUUGGAUCUCACAAACGAGCACGCUCGCGCUUGGUUUGCCGACGUCCUCCGCACGCAAGUCUGGAAUGCUAACGUCUCCGGUUGCAUGUGGGACUUUGGAGAGUAUACCCCUAUCUCAGCCGACACGAAGCUCGAGAACGUUUCGUCGGACGCUUUCUUCUACCACAACCAAUACCCCCGCGACUGGGCUAUCUUCCAGCGCUCGGUGGCCCAGAAAAUGCCCCUUGCUUCGGAAAUGGUGACGUUCCACCGCUCUGCGUCCCUCGGAGCAAACCGACACAUGAACCUCUUCUGGGUGGGAGAUCAGACCACCGUGUGGUCGACCAACGACGGCAUCAAGUCGGCGGUCACCAUCAUGGGCCAGAUGGGAAUGUCCGGUUACGCUCACAGUCAUUCCGACAUUGGCGGCUACACCACUGCCUUUGCGCCGCCGACCAGCAACAGCUCCUCCGGGGCCAUCGCGCGCUCGGCUGAGCUGCUCGGACGUUGGGGCGAGCUGGCCGCGGUUUCUAGCGCUGUCUUCCGCUCGCACGAGGGCAACGUGCCCGAAGUGAACGCUCAGUUCUACACCAACUCCACGACCUACUCGUACUAUGCGUACAACGCCCGCUUGUUCCGUAGUCUGGGCCCCUAUCGCCGCCGCGUGUUGGACACCGACAGCAAGGUCCGAGGAUGGCCUUUGCUGCGUAUGCCCGUGCUUUACCACUCGGACGAUCGCCGGGCACGUGAAAUCAGCUACCAGAGUUUCUAUCUCGGAUCGGACCUCUACGUGGCGCCUGUCCUCGAUGCCGGACGCAAGUCGGUGGAAGUGUACCUCCCGGGAACCGACCCCAAGCGAACCUACACUCACGUCUGGUCGGGCCAGACGUAUCGCGCCGGACAGACUGUCCAAGUGGCUGCCCCGUAUGGAAAGCCCGCGGUGUUUAUUGUCAACCAUGCGAAGAGCCCCGAGUUGGACGUCUUCCUGGACUUCGUUCGGAAAGAGAACGGCACGGCGAUUCACAUCUAA